AUGUAUGGUACAGCAUGGAUAGCUGAGCUGAUGACAUGGUAUGCUAAGGUUGAAGAAAGUGCUACACACAUGAGACAUCCGGUGCAAUGGAAGUCAAUAGACAUGAAGUGGCCUGACUUUGCUGAAGAGAAGCGAAAUAUACGUCUGGGACUAGCUACUGAUGGUUUUAACCCUUUCGGAAUGAUGAGCGUGCAUAGUACAUGGCCUGUUAUGCUUACUUGUUACAACCUUCCGCCAUCUGAAUGCACGUCAAAGGAUUUUACGAUGUUAACACUACUGAUUCCUGGUCCACUUGGUCCCAAUCAUAACAUAGAUGUUUAUUUGCAGCUUUUGAUCGACGAUUUAAUUGAUUUGUGGACACUCGGUGCGGUAACGUACGAUGCGCAUACAAAGACAUCCUUUACAAUGAAAGCAAUGUUAUUGUGGUGCAUACAUGACUUCCCUGCAUAUGCUCAUGUUUCUGGUGUGCAUACUUCUGGAAGAUUUGGUUGCCCUUUUCUGCAAAUCCGGCACAAUGUGGAUGUCAUGCAUGUAGAAAAGAAUUUUGCAGAGAAUUUUUUUGGAACAUUUAUGAGCCAUAAGGACAAGAACAAGGAUGGGCAUCUGGCGCGCAAAGAUUUGAAACUAUUGAACUUGAAGCCUAGCUUGUGGUUGAAGGAAGAUAAUGGAAAAGUGGAGAUGCCUCGUGCACCUUAUUGUAUGUCUAAGGCAGAAAGGGAAGUCAUCAGUAAAACUCUUAGCACAAUUAAAGUUCCAAUUGGUUACAGUGGUAAUUGGAAGAAGAAAGUAUGCCUGAAAGAGUUCCAAUUGAAGGGUUUGAAGUCUCACGAUUAUCACAUUCUGAUGCAGGGGUUAAUGCCUAUUUUUAUAAUGCAUUGUUUCAAAGAUCAUAAGCCUUUGCGUGAGGCAGUUCGACACUUAUCAUUGUUUUUCAAAGUACUAACUUCCAAGGUUAUUGAUCGUGUUGAGCUUCUUAUAAUGCACGAACGUGUGGUGGAGUCAAUAUGUGUGUUCGAAAUGUAUUUCCCGCCUGCAUUUUUUGUUAGUAUGACUCAUGUUGUCGUACACUUGGCAGAAGAGGCACAUCAAUUGGGGCAUGUUCAGUUUAGGUGGAUGUACCCUUACGAGAGGAUGAUGAGAUACUACAAGGUACUAGGUCGCAACAAAAAUUAUAUAGAAGGCUCUAUUACCAAACAGUAUGAGAUCAAUGAAGGAGCGCGCCAUUGCGUGGAGAUACUUCCUGCAGUGAGGCGAAAAUCUUUUAAGUGUCGUGGAAAGAUAUCAAUGCCCAGUGAUGUUUAUGAAGGUCCAUACCCAGCUAAUUCACAAGGAAAACCACACUUUUUGACCACCGUAGAAUAUGAACAAGUUCUUUUGUGGAUAUUGAGACAUUCAGAUGAAAAUACUGAAUGGGAAGAGAAGUACAAGAUAUACGUCUGUAAUGGUAACCAAACUCGUACGGGGAGGAUACAACCUACAGAAUACAUUGAAUGGCUACAGAAACAACUUGACAGCACUCCCAUGACAGAUUUUUGUAGGCUGGCAAUUGGUCCUACCUUCACUACAGUUUCGUACAACUCAUAUUUUGUUAAUGGCUAUCUUUUUUACACAGCCGAUGCAGAAAAAAAUUUAACUACACAAAAUAGUGGAGUCACCAUGGAAGCUUGCUCUAGUUUUAGAGCAAGUUCCAUAGAUACUAACUUGGUCGAUAACAAUACUACAUACUACGGCGUUCUACAACGUAUACUUGAACUGGAUUAUGGAGUUUUCUAUGAAAUUGUUUUUUACUGUGAUUGGGUGCGAUUCGAAGACAAAAUACAUGGAUCCUAUGUGGAUGCAGAUACAAAGUUGAGGUUUGUCAACUUCAGAAGGUUUAUGAGAAGCUCAAAAGAAGUCGACGAGCCAUUCAUCCAUGCUUCUCAAGCUAGACAAGUUUUUUACUGCAGAGAUGUGACAAGGAAGCAUUGGAAUUUGGUUUUGGAAUCUCCAAUAAGAUCAAACCCCAAUAAGAAUUCUUUGGAAGAUCCAUUUGUCUUCACUGCAAAUGCGAAUGAAGCUCCAUCAAUUUUGACAACUAUUGGAGAUGAUGAGUAUUGGAAUGGAUAA